AUGUUGUACUCAGGUCGAGGAGACCCAGAAGGCAGGCACCUGCUGCUUUUGCUUCUGCUCCUCGCAAUCUGGGAAGUAGGGACAGGCCAGCUCCACUACUCGGUCCCCGAAGAAGCCGAACACGGCACCUUCGUGGGCCGCAUCGCGCAGGACCUGGGGCUGGAGCUGGCGGAGCUGGUGCCGCGCCUGUUUCAGCUGGAUUCCAAAGGCCGCUCGGACCUCCUGGAGGUAAAUCUGCAGAAUGGCGUUUUGUUUGUGAAUUCUCGGAUCGACCGGGAGGAGCUGUGCGGGUGGAGCGCGGAGUGCGGCAUCCACCUGGAGGUGAUCGUGGACAGGCCGCUGCAGGUUUUCCAUGUGGAGGUGGAGGUGAAGGACGUGAACGACAACCCGCCUGCGUUCCCCGCGACACAAAAGAGUCUGUUUAUCGCGGAAUCCAGGCCGCUUCACUCUCGGUUUCCACUAGAGGGCGCCUCCGAUGCAGAUAGCGGCGAGAACGCUCUGCUGACUUACAGACUGAGCCCCAAUGAGUACUUCACUCUGGACGUGCCAACCAACCACGAGCAGGUAAAACCUCUUGGACUUGUGUUAGGGAAACCUUUGGACAGGGAAGAAGCUCCGGAGCUGCAUUUAUUGCUCACGGCCACCGAUGGAGGCAAGCCCGAGCUGACUGGCACUGUUGAGGUACUCGUCACAGUGCUGGACGCCAAUGACAAUGCCCCAGUUUUUGACAGAACGCUCUAUACGGUGAAGUUACCAGAAAAUGUCUCUAUUGGAACGCAGGUGAUUAACCCCAAUGCCUCCGAUUUAGACGAAGGCUUGAAUGGGGAUAUUAUUUACUCAUUCUCUAGUGAUGUUUCUCCAGAAAUAAAAUCCAAGUUCCACAUUGACGCCAUAAGUGGGGAAAUUACAGUGAUAGGACUUAUUGAUUUUGAAGAAAGGAAAGCUCACAAAAUUCUAGUAGAGGCUAUCGACAAAGGCUUUCCACCACUGGCUGGUCAUUGUACAGUUCUUGUGGAAGUUGUGGACGCUAAUGACAAUGCUCCACAACUAACGGUUAAAACGCUCUGGCUUCCCAUAAAAGAGGACGCACAACAGGGGACAGCUAUUGCUCUGAUCAGCGUGACUGACCUAGAUGCAGGUGCAAAUGGGCACGUCACCUGUACCCUGACACCUUCUGUCCCCUUUAAGCUGGUUUCCACCUUCAAGAACUACUAUUCGCUGGUGUUGGACAGCGCCCUGGACCGCGAGAGUGUGUCUGCCUAUGAGUUGGUGGUGACAGCGCGGGACGGGGGCUCACCUUCUCUGUGGGCCACCGCCAGCGUGUCCGUGGAGGUGGCCGACGUGAACGACAAUGCGCCGGCGUUCGAGCAGCCCGAAUACACGGUGUUCGUGAAGGAGAACAACCCUCCCGGCUGCCACAUCUUCACGGUGUCGGCGCGGGACGCGGACGCGCAGGAGAACGCGCUGGUGUCCUACUCGCUGGUGGAGCGGCGGGUGGGCGAGCGUGCGCUGUCGAGCUACGUGUCGGUGCACGCGGAGAGCGGCAAGGUGUACGCGCUGCAGCCGCUGGACCACGAGGAGCUGGAGCUGCUGCAGUUCCAGGUGAGCGCCCGCGACGCUGGCGUGCCGCCUCUGGGCAGCAACGUGACGCUGCAGGUGUUCGUGCUGGACGAGAACGACAAUGUGCCCGCGCUGCUGGCGUCUCGGGCUGGAGGCUCUGGCGGUGCGGUGAGCGAGCUGGUGCCGCGGUCGGUGGGCGCGGGCCACGUGGUGACGAAGGUGCGCGCGGUGGACGCCGACUCGGGCUACAACGCGUGGCUGUCGUACGAGCUGCAGCCGGCGGUGGGCGGUGCGCGCAGCCCGUUCCGCGUGGGGCUGUACACGGGCGAGAUCAGCACGACGCGCGCCCUGGACGAGGCGGACGCUCCGCUUCAGCGCCUGCUGGUGCUGGUGAAGGACCACGGCGAGCCGGCGCUGACGGCCACGGCCACCGUGCUGGUGUCGCUGGUGGAGAGCGGCCAGGCGCCGAAGGCCUCCUCGCGGGAGUCAGCGGGGGUCGCGGGUCCGGAGGCAGCGCUGGUGGAUGUCAACGUGUACCUGAUCGUCGCCAUCUGCGCGGUGUCCAGCCUGUUGGUGCUGACGCUGCUGCUGUACACGGCAUUUCGGUGCUCGGCGCCGCCCACCGAGGUCGCGUGCGGACCUGGGAAGGCCACGCUGGUGUGCUCCAGCGCGGUGGGGAGCUGGUCGUACUCGCAGCAGAGGCGGCAGAGGGUGUGCUCUGGGGAGGGGCCGCCCAAGACCGACCUCAUGGCCUUCAGCCCAGGACUUCUUCCCACCUUGGGAUCCAGGGAGGUUGGAAUUCAAAAAGGCUGGCAAAACAAGAGAAAGGUACGAAGCUGGUCUCCAGAUCGAGCUGUCCAGGAGGUCAGCGCCUGCUGCUCUCGCUUCUGCUCCUCGCAGCCUGGGAGGCAGGGCGGCCAGCUCCACUACUCGGUCCCCGAGGAGGCCAAACACGGCACCUUCGUGGGCCGCAUCGCGCAGGACCUGGGGCUGGAGCUGGCGGAGCUGGUGCCGCGCCUGUUCCGGGUGGCAUCCAAAGGCAGAGAGGACCUGCUGGAGGUAAAUCUGCAGAAUGGCGUUUUGUUUGUGAAUUCUCGGAUCGACCGGGAGGAGCUGUGCGGGCGGAGCGCGGAGUGCGGCAUCCACCUGGAGGUGAUCGUGGACAGGCCGCUGCAGGUUUUCCAUGUGGAGGUGGAGGUGAAGGACAUUAACGACAACCCGCCAAUGUUCUCCGUGACAGAACAAAAGCUCUCAAUACCCGAAUCUAGACUGCUUGACUCUCGAUUUCCGCUAGAAGGCGCGACGGAUGCAGAUGUUGGAGAUAACGCAAUGCUUACUUACAAACUCAGUCCAAAUGAAUUUUUCACUAUUGAUACUAUAAACAAAAAGGAUCAAGGUAAAUCCCCAGUGCUUGUCCUGCGGAAAUUGCUGGAUCGUGAAGAAAAUUCACAGCUUAAGUUGUUACUGAUGGCAAUCGAUGGAGGCAAACCCGAAUUUACCGGAUCUGUUUCUCUGCUGAUCCUGGUAUUGGAUACCAAUGAUAAUGCUCCUAUUUUUGACAGACCCGUUUAUGAAGUUAGGAUGUACGAAAAUCAAGCAAACCGAACAUUAGUAAUAUGGCUAAACGCUUCUGAUGCUGAUGAAGGAAUAAACAAGGAAAUGAUGUAUUCAUUUAGUUCUUUGGUCCCACCCAUCGUAAGAAGGAAAUUUCAAAUAAAUGAAAGGACAGGAGAAAUAAAAGUAAAUGAUAUUAUUGACUUUGAGGAAAGUAACAUUUAUGAAAUUCAUGUAGAUGUUACAGAUAAAGGAAACCCACCUAUGGUUGGUCACUGCACUGUCCUAGUGGAAAUCCAGGAUGAAAACGAUAAUUCACCUCAGGUAGUUGUCACUUCUUUUUCUCCUCCAGUGAAAGAAGAUGCUCCUGUCGGCACUGUCAUUGCUCUGAUCACUGUGUCUGACCAAGACUCUGGCAUCAACGGGCAAGUGACUUGUUCCCUGACACCUCACCUCCCCUUCAAGCUGGUGUCCACCUUCAAGAAUUACUAUUCUUUGGUGCUGGACAGCGCCUUGGACCGUGAGAGCACAUCACACUACCAGUUGGUGGUCACAGCGCGGGACCGGGGCUCGCCUUCGCUGUGGGCCACCGCCAGCGUGUCCGUGGAGGUGGCCGACGUGAACGACAACGCGCCGGCGUUCGCACAGCCCGAGUACACGGUGUUCGUGAAGGAGAACAACCCGCCCGGCUGCCACAUCUUCACGGUGUCGGCGCGGGACGCGGACGCGCAGGAGAACGCGCUGGUGUCCUACUCGCUGGUGGAGCGGCGGGUGGGCGAGCGUGCGCUGUCGAGCUACGUGUCGGUGCACGCGGAGAGCGGCAAGGUGUACGCGCUGCAGCCGCUGGACCACGAGGAGCUGGAGCUGCUGCAGUUCCAGGUGAGCGCACGCGACGCUGGCGUGCCGCCUCUGGGCAGCAACGUGACGCUGCAGGUGUUCGUGCUGGACGAGAACGACAAUGUGCCCGCGCUGCUGGCGUCUCGGGCUGGAGGCUCUGGCGGUGCGCUGAGCGAACUGGUGCCGCGGUCGGUGGGCGCGGGCCACGUGGUGACGAAGGUGCGCGCGGUGGACGCCGACUCGGGCUACAACGCGUGGCUGUCGUACGAGCUGCAGCCGGCGGUGGGCGGUGCGCGCAGCCCGUUCCGCGUGGGGCUGUACACGGGCGAGAUCAGCACGACGCGCGCCCUGGACGAGGCGGACGCUCCGCUUCAGCGCCUGCUGGUGCUGGUGAAGGACCACGGCGAGCCGGCACUGACGGCCACGGCCACCGUGCUGGUGUCGCUGGUGGAGAGCGGCCAGGUGCCGAAGGCCUCGUCGCGGGUGUCAGCGGGGGUCGCGGGUCCGGAGGCAGCCCUGGUGGAUGUCAACGUGUACCUGAUCGUCGCCAUCUGCGCCGUUUCCAGCCUGUUGUUGUUGACGCUGCUGCUGUACACGGCAUUUCGGUGCUCGGCGCCACCCACCGAGGUCGCGUGCGGACCUGGGAAGGCCACGCUGGUGUGCUCCAGCGCGGUGGGGAGCUGGUCGUACUCGCAGCAGAGGCGGCAGAGGGUGUGCUCUGGGGAGGGGCCGCCCAAGACCGACCUCAUGGCCUUCAGCCCCAGCCUUCCGCCCUUUCCAGUGGCAGAUAUGGAAGUGGAAGAUCAGUCUAAUCAAGCGGACCACUCUGGGAAGUAUGAAGAAUAUAAUGAAUUUGUUACUUAG